AUGUGGUACAUGAGAUAUUUGGGCCGACAGCUAGAAAUUAAGAACGAUCCAGAAAGUCUACGCCAGGUGCUCUCGCUGGUCUACUUCUGCCUGGAAUCCAAAACUGCCUACAAUUGUCCGGCCAGUGCACUGAUGGUUUUUGAUAAGGCGGCAAAUCCGAUGGUACUGGAGGUGGUCAGUGCGCAAGGAUGGCCAAUAAUGACGAGUGCUUUCAUCGGUGAUAUGCGGGGUUUAACGCCCGAGGCAUUGCUGAAUUACACGAAAGCUGUUAGCGCUCGACUCAGCGAUGUUACACGAAUGUGCCUUCAUUUUCAGGUUUAUUUCUUUUUUUGA